GAGAUGUGCAGAACAGCCGCCGGUGCCAGUCCUCCACGCAACUGGAGUUUUGUUCACGGGGAGCUCAGUGGAAGGCUCGUUUUUAAUAUUAGAUAGGGUUUAUUUUUCCAUUGUCAGCGUUGCUAACGGAAUUAUGAGACUUGUUCAUUGCUACGGGGGCUCUCGAGAAGUUGUAUGUCUUUAAUGCAUGAUAUUAGUUUAUAGAAGCCUCUACAGAGCGGAUGAGAAUCAUCAUGAAUUUGCCGGUAUCUGUGCUUGUCCUUUCGGCGAUGUGUGCGUUUUGUCUCGGCACCAUCCCCGGUGAGUUUGGCUCUCUGGCUGAGAUGGAGGACCUCCUGUUAAGGAACCUGUUCCAGGGGUACCAGCGCUGGGUCCGGCCCAUCCAGCACGCCAACGACACGGUCACAGUACGCUUUGGACUCAAGAUCUCACAGCUGGUGGACGUGGAUGAGAAGAACCAGCUGAUGACCACUAAUGUAUGGCUGUGGCAGGAGUGGAUAGAUUAUAAACUGCGAUGGAACCCUGAGGACUAUGGUGGGAUCACAUCGAUCAGAGUUCCAUCUGAGACCAUCUGGUUGCCCGACAUUGUGCUCUAUGAGAAUGCUGACGGGCGGUUCGAGGGCUCCCUGAUGACCAAAGCCAUCGUUAAGUCCAACGGUAGGAUCACGUGGACCCCUCCGGCCAGCUACAAGUCGGCCUGCACCAUGGACGUCACCUACUUCCCCUUCGACAGACAGAACUGCUCCAUGAAGUUUGGCUCCUGGACCUACGACGGUAACAUGGUGGACAUGAUCCUGUUAGACGACUACGUGGACAGGAAGGACUUCUUCGACAACGGCGAGUGGGAGAUCCUGAACGCCACGGGGGCCAGAGGAAACCGGCGAGACGGGCUGUAUUCCUUCCCCUUCAUAGCGUACUCGUUCAUUCUGAAACGUCUCCCGCUGUUCUAUACCCUGUUUCUAAUUAUCCCGUGCCUCGGUCUGUCGUUCCUGACCGUGCUGGUAUUCUAUCUGCCGUCGGACGAAGGGGAAAAGCUCUCACUCUCCACCUCCGUCCUUGUGUCUCUCACUGUGUUCCUCCUGGUCAUAGAAGAGAUCAUCCCGUCUUCCUCCAAGGUCAUCCCUCUCAUCGGGGAGUACCUCCUCUUCAUCAUGAUCUUCGUCACCCUCUCCAUCAUCGUCACGGUGUUUGUCAUCAACGUGCACCACCGGUCCUCAGCCACCUACCACCCCAUGUCCCCCUGGGUUCGCUCCCUCUUCCUUCAGAGGCUACCUCGGAUGCUGUGCAUGCGGGGCCACACUGACCGGUACCACUACCCCGAGCUGGCGCCGGAGAGUCCUGAGCUGAAUCCCCGGUCCGGGGGUCAGAGGAGCAGCGGGGCCCAUGGACAGAGUCCUCGGGAGGGGAAGGAAGAUGAGAGUCAAGCCUGGGUCACCAUGCUGGAGAGAGCUACGUACUCCGUGCGUUACAUCAGCUGCCAUAUACGCAAGGAACACUUUAUCAGAGAGGUGGUCCAGGACUGGAAGUUUGUGGCUCAGGUUCUGGACAGGAUCUUCCUGUGGGCCUUCCUCACUGUGUCGGUCCUAGGGACCAUCCUGAUCUUCACCCCUGCCCUGCAGAUAUUCCUUAGUACCCCUCCCCAGUCAGGACCCAGCAACCCCCAUUAACACAUCACCCCACCCCCCCAGUCCAGACCUAGCAUCCCCCUCCAACUCGGCACCCAGUCCAGGCCCUCUACCCCUCCUGAAUUCCCCAAACUGAGGCCUGGACACCCGACCAACAACUCAACCCUGACCCCCAGUCUGACCCCCAAUUUGUAUCAAAGCCACGAUAGUAUGUACAGUAAUGUAGCGUUCUGAAGCACAAACAUUGACUGAAAUAUUUUGAAUUAGUGUAAAAUGUGCAGUAUAUUCUCUGUGGUUACUGUAGAUACCAACAACAUACUUAGUUCUUCACAUUAUACUCCUCAAAACCGUUAUUGUCAGACCCAUAUAUUGUGAUCUUAGUUAGUGUAAGUUUGUCUGUGAGUGGAAUGGUAGCGGCAUCCAGGCCGCUCUGAUUGGACGAUCAGUGUUCUAUUUGUGGUGAUUCGGGGCGGCAGGUAGACGAGUGGUUAGAGCAAAUCCCCGAGCUGACAAGGUAAAAAUCUGUCGUUCUGCCCCUGAACAAGGCAGUUAACCCACUGUUCCUAGGCCAUAAUUGAAAUAGGAAGUUGUUCAUAAUUGACUUGCCUAAUUAAAUAAAAAUACAUUUUGGAGGUGUCCUCAUUAGCUAGGAAUUGUUUGAGUUCUGUUUUUUGUUCUGGCUGUUGUGACCUUUGACUUUUAUUUCACACUUGUUUGGGCACUCCAUCAACUAGUUCAUUUAAAUAAAUUAUUGUUCAGGUACAUUGACUAUAGUCCAAAAAAAAUCCUCUGUCGAUGUCCAGCCACUUUUGUGAUUACUGUUAUGGAGUAUGAUGGGUAACACAGUGAAGCAGACUCUACAAACCAUCGUU